AUGUCAGUAUCCCUGGGUGCCCCACUGAGCUGUGCAGGGCAUGUCUUUGCCAGUAUGGCCAUAGCCUUGGUCUAUGGCCCUGUUCAGUGGCUGCAGAUCUGGACACAGGCACACCCUACUGUGGAUCUAGACCAGUGGCUCACCUUGCCCAUCUUUACAUGGCCAACAGCCUGGUGCCUCUCCCUCCCCAGAGACUGGACGCCCUGGAGGUUGCUGUGCGGAUGCCUAUCCCUGUUCACUUAUAGCCUUGGCUUGCUGCGCUGGCAGGGAUUUGAGGCUGUGUCGGGUGCUCACGUGGUAGCCGCCACUGGGGAGGCCCUGCAUACCUCCUCAGUCACCUGUUUCACCUUGAGUCUGCUCUCCUGCCUGGACUUUGUGGUCCUCCAGCUACAUGACCGACAGCUUGCAUGGUGGUGUCCCUUCUAGUACCUCACGGGCCACUUAUGAUCUAAGGUUUUAGACGUACUCCAGUUCCACUUUGCAUUUUUGUUUCUGACAAAUUUAAACACUUGCCCAAGACCUGAUCCCUAG